UGGAGAAAAUGCAAGACAAGAUCUUAACAGAGGCUCAUGAAGAGAGCACAUCUAGUGCUAAAAUGAGCUUAGAUUGACUAUCCUCAAAGGCAAUGUUCCUGAAAUCUCUUUUAAAGAGUAAGAUAACUCUAAGCCAAAGGCUAUUCAGAGCAAGAAGAAGCUUAAAUAAGCUAGCUCUACGCUCAGAGAAGAUCAACUUUAGCUUUGAAGAGAUUGAAGAGUUUUGGGAGAAACUCGCCUGUUGUGAGAAAAUUAAUAUAUUGACAUUGUUUUCAUCAGAAUUAGCCAACUAUAUUCACAACACGAACACAUAUUUCCUCUGCCUUGAUAUUGUCAAGAGUAAGGAUAAGAAACAGAAUAAGAAUAACUUGCAGGAAUAUGAGGAGGCCAAGAAAUCUGAGGCUGAAGCUAACCUACUCAGACAGAAUAAAGGUGAUGAAUGUCAGGUCCUAAACGCGCUCGAAAUAUUUUGGAAUAUCAAUUCUGAUAAUAUCGACCUCCUGAAGCAAAACUGGGGGUGUAAAUGAGAAAAAUGUCAGUCCAGUGAUGGUCAUAGGCUAGAAAAGAGCGUAGUCCACUCAGUAGAUUUUCAUGUAUAUGAGCUCAAGCCAAAUAUCCAAGGAGAUGUUUUAACCAUUAAACCAGAAUUCCUCAAUCAGAUUUUAAAAUUUUGAAAAAAUGUUAACGAAAAUUUCUUCAAUGAAGGUGAGAAAGACUUGUCCCUGUUUAGGAAUGGGCCUGACUUGUAUACCUUCCUUCUUAGUGAGCUGAAAUCCGUCAAACCUCAAACCUGGAAAGAAUUCGAAAUUCAAUUAUCCAAAGUGGUUGAAUACAGAGUAGCCUCUAUGUAUUUUGCCCAAAAGAAGUAUGAACUUAGCCAACAGUUCGAGAAGGAGCUAGAAGAAGAAAUUGAGAAGGAAGAACAGGCAAAAAUUGAUGCUUUACAGAAGCAAAAUGCUCCAAAGCAAAACAAGAAAAAGAGAAGUAAAAAGAAUAGGAAAAAGAAAGUUCAAAGUCAAGAAGAGCCAAAGACAGCUGAAGCAGUAGAUGAUGCAAAGACUAAGCCAAGAAAGAAGAAAAAUAAGAAGAGCAAGAAGAAUAAGAAACAAGAUACCGUUGCAUCACCUAGAUUAGAAAAUCCGCAAAAAGAUUUGCAUCCUGUAACUGUUGUUGAAAACACCAAAGAGGAUACUAGUGAAGUUGCUCAACUUAAAAGCACUAUUAUUAUCCAAAAAUAUUGGAAAAAGUACCUUCAUAACAAAUCUGUGAAGCAAAAUUCCAAAAUUGAGGGAAAAGGUUUAAAACCUAAGACUUCUGAAUUCCCAUUCGAUUUUGACGAAAAUGAUUUCGUAAUCCCAGACUUUAAGGAGAUCUCCACUUGUAAACGUAGAGAAUCAGCUUCAUUAGGACGUAACUCCGAUUCAGACACUACAGUUGCUUCCGGAGGCGUCCCUGAUAAGUUAAACCAGGACAGCUCAGAGAGCAAUUUAUCUGAAACUUAUAAUGAACAGUCUCGUUAUGCCUCGAGCAAAUUUAAAACCUCAUAUGAGGAAGAGAAAUACAAUCCUGAUAGAGAUGUAGAUCAUUCAAUAAGAGGAAGGACUAAGCAGAAGGUCUAUGUAAAGUUCUCCGGUAUAGAUAAAACGAGAAAAGUUAGCUAUGAUAGCGAUUCCUCUGAAGAAUCUGAAGAUGAUGAUCCUGUGAGGCAAAUGCUCAAGUCCAAUAUCCUCAGACUUUAUGAGGAUAAUAAUAAACAGCUUUAUGAUAAUGCAGCUCAGUAUAAAGAGAUGAAAGAGAAUAGACGACUGAGGGAUCAGUACUACAAUCUUAAUUGGAAUUAUAACAAUCAAAAUCAGUACCAAAAUCCUGCUAUGAAUCCUGAUGAGUUUUUCCACAAAAUGUUCUCUCAGAUGGCUGAUAUGGCUCAGCAACAGAAUGCUUUGAAUUAUGUGCAACAAGUCGAUCCUACAAGUUAUAAUAAUUAUAACCAACAAUAUGAUGAAGGUUACAAUCCAAAUAAUAAUGCGGAAUAUGGAGAUGAGUAUCCUCCAGAGUCCCAUUUUGGAUAA